CAAUCUGCACCGGAAAAUAAACGUAUGCGCAUCGGCCGGGCAGGCGAAACCCUCAAGGCACAAGUGGAUGCCAGUAAACAUCGAGCGCCUGGAUCGAAAGGCGAAGGCUGUGCCGUUCCAUCAACAUCUGGUGUGAAACCAAAACAUGCGAAGCAGCUUCAGGCGGAACAUUCCGGAUCUGAAAAUAAACGUCCGUGUGGUGGUCGGAAAGAUCAAGGCCUAAAGUUACCGGAGAAACUAAAUAAAAAUCAAGCCGCUGGAUCGAGAAAUGAAGGCAGUGCUGUGCCGUCAACAUCAGGUGCCCCACCGAAACAUCCGGAACGAAUUACAGCCAGCUCCGUCUUGACUGUCACUUCACGCAACGUCGAUACCUUACCCAGGGAUACUACUGGAAUUAAUUCGAAAAAAAUUGUCGCUCCAUCUAAGGUUCCCGAAUGCGUAUCACCGCAUGCAGUGAUCCCUCCGGUGGUCGAAUGUGGAUUGAUCGACCAAUAUUCAGCUGGACCAUCGACUUUUCCAUCUGCAUGUGGCACCAAUCCCUACGUUUUGGAACCGUCUGUUGCGGAUUCUUCGUUGGACGAGGAUAAUUUGGCAUCCAGUGAUGAAUGUGAUUUCGAGGGAUUCGAAGAGGUUUCGCCGGCGACCAACAUCGAAAAGCAAAUCAGACAGCUACAGGAAAUCAUCCAGGAAAAAGAUUCAAAAAUCGAAUUGCUUCAAACCGAGAACGUCAGGCUACGAUCGUUGAAUAUGCUUCUUCAGGAGACCAUAGUACGUAGGGAUGAAGACAAGUCUUUCACGGAAUGCGACGGGUAUCCAACUGCCGAGUGGUUGUUGUCUGUAUCGCAGAACUCAGAAGACAGCGACUACCUGUUUGUGAAAGAGAUGCUCCUUCGCUUGUUCCCAGAAGGAGUCGGAAACGCUACAGCUACAGGUAGGACCUCUAACAAUCCGAAGGGAAGGAAUAAGGAAGCAGUGAACCAAGACCCUGGCAGCCAACUAACCACCAAACUUGAUCCGAACAAGCUGAAGUACAUGAAAGAUCGUCUUUUUGAAAGGCGCCGCAUUCUUCAGGAUCCAGUAGGAAUCGCGAUGGAAAAGGCCAGGAAGAUCAACAAGCACAUUGCACAUGCAAUUGCUAACAACCCGCAACUGCGCAAACAGCCGACACAACAAUAAUCGUUGUUGCGAAUCAUUUAUCUAUAUUAUUUUAACUUGUUUCAUUCAAAAGUUAUUUUAAACA